UUUUGCAAACUGUAAAUGAGUCGUGAGGGCGUUUUCCGGCACUUUGUUUGUUCAGGGUUUGAGGUAAGUCAAAAGAACCGAGUAAGGUCUGACUUAUAACAGGUACCAUGAACUCCUGCCCGGGCCCUGGCAGUAAUCUCAGUGAUAUCAACAAUCGACAUACAGCAGGAUCUAGGGAGAUGGUUUACCUCCACCGUCAGGCCUUCCUUGGGUUUUCCACGCUGUGGAAAUAUCUCAAGGCACUCUCGAAUGGACUCUUUUCCCCAUCCCUCACCCUUUUCCGGCGCCUGUUUGGCGGUCUGUUGAAUGUCCCACAUUCCUGCUUUUCCCGGAAUCCUAUAUCUUCAUUUCUAAGUAUUUACCGACCAGCUGACAGUGGUUUUAGUAUUCAAUCAGAUGCCUCGGCGGGAGUCGCUGCGAUCAGUCUCCGGGGUAUUCCAACAGUACCUGCCAACGCAUCCAAUAAUAUUGCAUGCAGUUUGGCACCUGUUGCUAUGUCUCCCUUGGCACAGUCAGGAAUGAUCAAUCUUCAGUCGCAGUCGCACCAACACAGUGCACCACCAGUCGUACCAAAUAUUCAUUGCCGCCGUAAAGUUCCCUUUAUAGCUUCAUCUGUUCAAAGAUACGGAAAGGACAUAAAAAUUGAGCCUUCUAGCGGGAUAGAAAGUAUCCACCCUGCCGUUAGACAGUACCCCAAACGCCAUUUGCCUACUGAUUGGGAAGCGCAUGUUCAUCCCGAGGGUGCCCUGUAUUUCUAUCAUCCGGGGAAGAGGGUCUUCACCGAUACAAACGUGCAGGACUUCCUCGACGAUUUGAACAACUGUGCAGAUGAUCUACGCGCUCUUGCCGAGAGCAAUAACAUUGACCUGACUCAUAUCGAGCUGACGCUGCAGCUUGGCAAGCAUCCGAAUACCGGAGAACGAGUCUGCAGUUAUUAUUUCGCUGACCGUGUCGAGCGCACCAUCUUCUGGCUUCAUAAAUUAGAUACCGAAGACCUUUUUAAUGGAGUCAGAGGGGUGGAGGAACACAGUCAUAUCUGUUAUGUCAUCCAAAGCCAGUACUGGAUGCACUGUGAGCUCUAUCCCAACAACAGAGAGGAGGAAUCACAAAAGGGACUUCUUGCGGAGCUCAGAGAAAUCAUUGUGCAUGCUAGUGCAGACGUCAUCACGUCUGAAACGUCCUUACCUCUCAAAAUACUGGAUCUAAUCGAUCACCUCAAAGAAACUACUUCAAAGGAAUGUGGCCCCUACUCCAUAUGCGUCAUUGGUGCGUCUUUGACACUUUCAAAUCGCAACCCGAGCCAAAUUUUGAACUUCUGCGGCCAAUCUUGUGCACGUUUGGCAGCUGACCAGUCAAUAUAUUUCACGGAUGAUGAGCACAUCGUAAAGUCCGUAAUAUCUUGGAUCAUGGAGCUUUUGUGUUUCGGCGCUCCCCAUGCUCAGAUGAAGGAACUGCGAAGAGUCUGGUCGACGGUGAUGCUAACUGUGGAUCUCACUUUCCUCGCGGUGCCCAGCGUGAACGCUGACGAAUCGCAAUCUGUUACCAUUAUCGCAGCUUAUCUGGCAACGUUCUGUGUAAUUGGAUCCCUAGUUGUGUCCAUUUUACUCGCCGGACAAAACCGCAAAUAUGGCAAUGUCUCUGCCGAUACCGCUAAUGACAAAUUCAUAUUUGGUGAGAAAGCCCUCGCAAUCUUACACGGUCUUCCGUUCGCACUGCUUAUGUGGGGGAUGAUAUUCUUCCUCAUCGCAUUUUCCUCCCUGGUGUUUAAAUCUACCUCCGACAUACUUCGAGGAAUA